AUGUCAGUGGGUGACCCCUCUGGGUGGCCAGUCCUGCGCUUCCUGCGGUUGGCUGUGGCAAUGUCCUUCUCGGUCUCAGCCAUUUCCACAGAUGACACAAAGAACCACCUGCUCAUGAAAGAGAAGAUGAUGCAACUAGGGGGGACACUGGUGCUGAACCCCCAGGAGCAGCAGGCCAACGAGAAGCUCAUGGCCUUCAAAACCGCCGAGAUGACGGAGGCCAUGAAGACCCUGAUCUUUCCUCCCAGCAUGCACUUUUUCCAGGCAAAGCAUCUCAUCGAAAGGAGUCAAGUGUUUAACAUCCUAAGGAUAAUGCCAAAAGGGGCUGCCUUACACCUGCAUGACUUUGGUAUUGUGAGCACGGACUGGCUGGUGAAGAAUGUCACCUACAGGCCCCACUGCCACAUCUGUUUCACCCCGAGAGGGACCAUGCAGUUCAGGUUUGCCCGGCCGACUCCUCCCACCCCUAAGGCACGAGAAUGUUCCAAGUGGAUUUUGCUGGAGGACUAUCGGAAGCAGGUGCCGAAUGCCACCGAGUUUGACGAGAGCCUGCUGAGGAGUUUCACUCUGGUGACCCAGCACCCCGAGGUGACUUACCCGACCCAAAACGCAGUCUGGUCCAAGUUUCAAAUCAUCUUCUUCACCAUCUCUGGCCUUGUCCAUUACGCGCCAGUGUUCAGAGACUACGUCUUCCGGAGCAUGGAGGAGUUCUGGGAGGACAACGUGCUCUUCAUGGAGAUCAGAGCCAUGCUGCAGCCGGUGAGCCCAGCUGGCCUCCCUGCC